UCGCCGCGCCCCGCCUCACAGAAGGAUGUACCAAUGAGCUGAGCGGAGGGGCGGCCUCCGCGCGGGGCGGUCGCUGAGGCGCGGGUGCUGCUAGACCGAGGCGGCAGCCGGUCACGACGUGGGGCGGCCAGCGAUGAAGCCGCCUAGUUCAUUGCAAACAAGUGAGUUUGACUCAUCAGAUGAAGAGCCUAUUGAAGAUCAACAGACUCCAAUUCAGAUAUCAUGGCUACCCCUGUCACGAGUGAAUUGUUCUCAGUUUCUUGGUUUGUGUGCUCUUCCAGGUUGUAAAUUUAAAAAUGUUAGAAGAAAUAUCCAAAAAGAUACAGAAGAACUAAAGAGCUAUGGUAUACAAGACAUAUUUGUUUUCUGCACCAGAGGGGAACUGUCAAAAUACAGAGUCCCAAACCUUUUGGACCUCUACCAUCAGUAUGGAAUUAUCACUCAUCAUCAUCCAAUCCCAGAUGGAGGGACUCCUAACAUAGCCAGCUGCUGUGAAAUAAUGGAGGAGCUUGCAAUCUGCCUUAAGAAUAACCGGAAAACCUUAAUACACUGUUAUGGAGGACUUGGAAGAUCUUGUCUUGUAGCCGCUUGUCUCCUACUAUACCUGUCUGACACAGUUUCACCAGAGCAAGCCAUAGACAGCCUGAGAGACCUAAGAGGAUCUGGGGCAAUACAGACUAUAAAGCUUUAAUCUUGGAGAGAAUUAAGCCCACAUUAUAUAGGCUGUCCAGUUGAUCACCUCAGCAUUCCGUGGCCAACAGGCUUUCCCAUCUCUGUGCUGAUGUGCUGAGCAAUGUGCAAUUUCAACUUCCCAAUAAUGAGAAGAAAUGAGAUGAUUGGCAGAAUAAGAACAUCCUCUGGGAAACUAUUAAAACUCCAAAUAAAUUAUUUAAAGUUUUUUUAAUUUUGCUUAUCUGUUAAGAUUAGUCAUUUUUUUAAAAAAAAUAUUGACUACUCUGAACAUUGUUGCAAAUGGGUUAUAUCACAAGCAGCAGAAUCUAGGGCUUCUAUAAAUGAAGAAAUAGAUUUUCUUGAAUCUACCACUGUUAACUAUUACAGAAAGUACCCUCUCCUCCCUACUUAACCCCCAGAGGAAAAUACAUUAGCAAAAAGAAUGCCUUCGUGUACUAUUUUUAAUUUUAAUUUGGUCCUGCCAGUAAAAGGAGAAAGGAUUUUACAGAUUUAUAAAACAUUCAUAUGUAUUACACAUUGCCUUCUGAUUUUGAGAGACUUUUCAAGUAAGUUUUUUCACACCAUAUGCAGCUUUAUCAAAAGGUAAAACUUCUCCAUAAUGCAAACGCUUCCUUACCCAAAAGGAUGUAGAAUUGUUCUUAGCAAUUAUUUUUUGAUUCCUGAUGCCUACUAGGAUUGUACUACUCUGCUAACUAGUUUUCUAC